AUGAAGAAAAUUAGUUAAUAGAUGUUAUCUUUAAUGAACAAAAAUAGUAAACCAGAAUAACCAUAUACAAAUGACUUAAAAAAAAAUAAAUGUAAACCUUAGACUGCUAAUACAGAGAGAACUUAAUCAAAAACCUAGAAAAGUGAUUUACUUGAGUAUUUCAACAAAGAGAGGAACACUUUAACUUAAAUUGUUAACUCUUCUAAAGCUAUUUUAAAGGGAAGCAAAAGCAUAGAUAAUUUAUAACAAUAAAGUUAAAAGAGCGAGCCAUAAAAAAAUGGAUAAUUUAAUGUAUAUUUGAAUAUAUUCCUAUUUAGAUUGAUACACGGAUAUAAACUGAAGAAGGAAAUACUACCAGAAGAUAAAUUUUAAAAUAAAAACAUUUAUCAUUAGCAACUAUUUCAUUAGAUGCAUAAUGUAUUGAUAAAAUGUUGAAAAAUUAAUUAUCAAAAUAACCACACACAACAAAGUAAUCUUAUAAUUAAUCUCCAUAAAAUUAAAUGAAAUCACCUAUUAAGAAGUAAAAAGAUUAAUUAUUAUUUGAUAUGCAUUUAGUAAAUUAUAAAAUUUAUAUUUAGUUGAAAAAUACAGUAUGUAAUAAUGAAUAUCAGAAUUAUUUAAAUUUAAAAUUGAAUAAAUAAUCUAUUUAAUCCAAUAAUUCAUUAAAUCAUAGAUAAUCAAUUGAAGAUAUAUUAUCAAAUUAAAAAAUACUUAAGGGAUCCUAAUAAGUUUUAUCAAGUAAAAUUAAAAAAACUGAAAGUGAAUCUAAAUCAACCAAUUUAAGUCAGAUUAAAACUGAAUAUUCAUCAGCUUCUUAUUAAUAAUAAUUUUUAAAAUAAAAAAACAAAGAAGAGAAUAUAUAAUAUGAUCCUAACAAAUAAUUACUAAUUAUACUUUAUUAUAAAUAAUAAAAGUAAGAUAUAUUAUAAUAUUAUUAGAUACACAUAUUUAUAUGAAUUUUUAAAUUAAACUACUGAUAAUUUGUAUAAUUAUUUAAUUCAAUAAAUAGCAUGUAUAGAAAGAUCAAUUACAAAACUUGGAAGUGAUACAGGCUCAACUGAAUAAGAUUAAAUAUAAUAAGGUAUUAUUUAUUUAACAAAUAUUAGAAUUAAAUAAAAUAUGUCAAUUUCAAUCUAUAUCAAAGAAUAUUCCAUAUGAUUAUUAUUUAACAAUCUCUGGUUAAAAAUUGGAUGUUUUUAAAGGAAAAACAUUGUAGGUUCAACCUUUUUAUUCAUAACCAAUAACAACAAAAAGGGUUGGAUUGAAGGAUUUUACUUUAGUUAAAUGUAUUGGUGUUGGAGGAUUUUCAAGAGUUUAUAUGGUAAGAAAGAGAGACAACGGAAAAUUUUAUGCUUUGAAACUUAUUGACAAGAAAUUCAUUCUCGACAAUUAAAAAGAAAUUAUUGUAUAAAAUGAAAGAGACAUUAUGGUUUAAAUGGAGAAUUAAUUUAUUACUCAAUUGCAUUAUGCAUUUGAAACUAAAUAUUAUAUUGCAUUUGUUCUCGAUUAUUGUGCUGGAGGUGAGUUAUUUUAUCAUCUACGCAAAUUGAAAAGAUUCAAUGAAUAAGAUGCUAAACUCUAUUUCAUAGAAAUUUGUAUAGGCAUGGCUUAUCUACAUUCCUAAAAUAUUGUAUAUAGAGACAUAAAGCCAGAAAAUAUUCUGUUAGAUUUAUAAGGUCAUUUACUAUUAAGUGAUUUUGGUUUAUCAAAACCUGAUAUGAAACCAGAUGAUUUUGCAUAUUCUUUUUGUGGGUCUCCAGAAUAUAUGGCUCCAGAAAUGCUAAUGAAAACAGGUCAUAAUUAUUUAGUGGAUUGUUAUUGUUUAGGUGCCUUACUUUAUGAAUUAGUUACAGGAUUACCUCCAUUUUAUUCUCAUAAUACUCAAGAAAUUUAUAAUUCAAUUUUGACUGAAAAAAUAGAAUUUCCAUAAUAUGUUUAAAUAUCUCCUGUUUUAAAAGAUCUUAUAUUAUAAUUGCUUUAAAAAGAUCCCACUGAAAGAUUGGGUUAGAAUGGUGGUAUUGUUGAAAUUUUAACACACUAAUGGUUUCAAGAUGUUGAUUUUGAAGCAAUUGCCAAUAAAUAGUUAAAAACUCCUUAUUAACCAGAACCUCUUAAAUAUAAUUUUGAUGAGGAAGAAUUUAAUAAAGGUGAUGCUGAAUUUAGGAAGUAAUAUUAAACGAAUAUGUAAAAAGAAUUUCAAGUAAUGUGUAUUAAUUAUUUAUUUAGAAUAUUGAUACAGCAAAUUAUGUAUUGAAAAACUUUUACUAUUCUAGAGAAUCAAAAAUUGGACUCGAUAAAACUAAAAGAUUGAAUGAGGUCAAUUUAAAUCAAAUUUUAAAUUAAGCUAUAACUACUAAAUCUUAAUCUCCUACCAAAGUUUAAGCAUAAUCAAAGGGAGAUAAAUAUUCGUAAUAAGUACUUGCCUCACCUUAAGAGGGAAAAAGAAUUAAUAAAUAAACAGGAAAAAGUGAAGUUUAUGAUUACUUUAAAAAGCAUGAUUUAUGUACAAAGUCAUCUCAACUACUAUAUUAAUCUAAUAAAUUAGGACAUUCUUAUUCAAAAACAAUGCAAUAAGCUUAAAAUUCUUUAUUAGAUUUAAAAGUAUAUUAAUAAUAUGAUUUUAGUAAUUUAAAUUAUUUGUUGAUUAAUCAAAAGUAUUAUUAUGUACAGAUAGAACUAAUACUUAACCAGAUUAAUAUUUUAAAAAUUUUACAGAGAGAAUUAAAACUGAACAUUUUGGAAAUCUAUAAUCUCCUAAAACUAUUACUCAGAGUUCAUUGAAUAAAUUGACAAAUUUUUCCAAACAAUUGAUAUCUGAGAAAUAAAAAUAAAAAUAAUGA